UCUCUUGCUGUUUUUUAUACUUCUCUUGAUGCAUGGUGAAUAGCAUGUGAAAUUGUGUUAUAAAGCAAGCCAUACUUUCAUUGUAGAUCGGUCUGAAGCUGCUGCUAAACUCUUCAGAUGAGGAUUUAUCAGUCUCCUUGCUACUUUCGCUCUCAAAACUGGCUUAUAAAUCUAGCAGUAUUCUACCUGAUCAGGUUAGUGUUCCAAUUUCUUCAUCUUCGAUAAAAUCAUGAUUAUAUUACUUCAUCGAUUUCAUGAAGACAUGCCAAGUGUAAUGUAUUGAAGAUGGCAAUAGUGAUGGUACAAUAUACUUGACCCUGCAUUUGCUGAAAUAUUUUGCUGAUUAUCUUCUAUAUUGACAUUGAACUCCUGCUUGGAGUUGGGAGUUAAGCUUAGUGAUUGUACAAUAUACUUCUGCAUGUGCAAAUUUGUGAAGAGCUUGCUGUGGCGAUUAUCUAGAAGCACAUUUCUCCCUGUAAGGUUACUAAUUUUACAAGUCAUGAUGCAGGUAGAAGUGCUUUUAUCAUUUCUUAGCCAAGAGAAACCUUUACACCAGCAAUCAACAGCCUUAAGGUGCCUUCGACUUUUAUCAUCUCCAGUUUGUUCCCAUCCUGUUGGCCUCCUAACCGUCAAACCCUUACUGAGGAUUGUGCAUGAUACUAAACUGCCCAUAUCUAUGCAAUGCGACGCACUACAGAUUCUGCAUAAGAUGUUUAAGUACCAAAAGAUGCACAUGCCUGGUGAUGUGAUGCGUGAAUUUUCUAAAGUUCUCACCAUUUUGGAUAAUGCAAACCAGUCAAAUAUAGAGUCCAACCGUGUUCUAGUCAUCUCUAUCCUAGCAGAUGUGCUCAUUAAGAAUAGCAGAAAAACUGGCACAGAGCUUGAUGGAAACUGUGAUUCUUUUCCUUCCCUGACAUGGAUCAUCUCGACAAUUAUCGGUCAGAUCAUCUCACUGGUGAAGCAGUUGUUGGAUAGUAAUCGGUACUGGGAUGUAGCACUUCCAGAAGUACGGAGGUUGCUUGCUGUUCUUCUUUUUGUAGCUGGAGAACAUCUUGUUCAGGGAGUCAUUGUACUGGAUAGAAUUAGAUUGGUAAUUGAUUAUCUUGUGAACCACUUGCCCGAGAAGGCUAUUGUCUCAACAGUAACUGCUCCAACUGGUCAGGAGAUGGAUCAUUUUAGAGCGAAGAACUUCGGCACUAGUCUGAAGAUCGCUAAUCAAGUUCACAAGUUCUCAGUAGCAUGCAUUCAGAAUCUCAUUGAACUUGGUGCCAGUGCUGCUGAAGUACUAGACAAAGUAAAGAUGUUGGUUGAUUGUGUACACAGGUGCAGUUUAUUUGGUUCCUAUGUGCAGGCAGUUUACUCUAUACAGGUGCACUCUUCAGUGUUUUGGGGUUGUGCUGUCAACAAGAGCAAACAAGGUUGUAGUCCAAAUAGGCAGUUGGGGGAUUCGGAUUGUGAUCUCUUGAUUAAGCAUGAAAUUUUCACCCUUGAGUGUGUCAUGGAGAUGCUGAAAGAGAAGAAUUUCUGGCAGUUGUACACGACUGGAAAAUUCGCAGCAGGUCAAGGAGCAUGGGUCACAGCUAAAUUUAUAUUUGAGCAUAUAGCAAGCAAGGUUCAAUCAGAAUCCUCCUCUUGCUGGUUAAAAUCACUAGCUCAGCAUGCCCAAUGUGAGAUGAGAAUUCACUUGUUUCUCUUACCAAAACUAAGGUGCAGUUUAGCAGAGUGGUCACUAACAAAAGAGAUCCCAAUUCUCUAUUUCCGGAACAUCUCUUGUGGCAGCGUUGAUCAAGGUGUUUCUGUUCAAGUCUGGAGAAAGUUAUGGUGAAGUGCUUGUAGAAGCUCACAACAGUAUACGUUCUUCUGCGGAAACCCUGGAUUGUGUUGUCAAGUUUGGCAAUUCAUUUUAUUUCCAGAGAUGGUUUUUGGCUUUGAGAAUGCUGGUCCUUACAACUGUAUAUGAUGUGCUCAAAGUGUUAGGUUCUAGCGGCAGUGGACAUGCUGAAGGAAGUUUAGCACAUGGUCUCAGUUCUGUACAACAAAUUACGCAAUGUUCAUUUCGUUUGACGAGACUAGCACAAGAACUGGAUCUACUCUACAUUUCUUUCAUUAACAUGGACACCAAGAGUUCAAACAUCAUCUCGGCCCUUGCUUUGAGUUGUUCACUGUUGGCUUUCACUUCUGGGACAGCUGCUUCUUUUGCAACUGUGCAUGCAAAUGACAAUAGCAAUCUGCAUCUCAAUAGAAUGUCGAUAGAAGACUUGGCUGGUUGAUUGUGGCUCAUAGAUCCUGACACCUAUUCUAUUCUGUUCCAACUUUUGGAUGUCAGUCUGGGCAUAGACCAUCCUCAUGUCCAGCCUAGGAAUCAGAAGCUGGAAAGUGGUGAAGUAAGAGAUAUCACCAGCAUCUGUCACGAUGUUGUUUCUCGUGUAGAUGGAUUUCGAAACGAGUUAAAAGACCCAGUUGAUAAUGUGGAAGCUCUGCUCAAAGUUACUGUAGAAAGCUUCCAGCUUCUGUUGAAUACUAUUGUCAAAUGGCUCCAAAUUCCUUUCAAGCUACCUAUGUACUUCUUCAAAACAUGGUAACACUAUUUGCCCCCUCUUCAUCAUUUCUUUCCUUAAGUUCGUAGGAUAAUACAGCAAUGAAAAAUCUUUUGAUUGGAUUUCUUUGCAGUAAGAGGCCAUUUGGUUGGAUGUAUUUGGGGAAGUGAUAUUGAUAGUGACAUGCAACUGAACAAAUAUUAUCAUUUUUGCCUAACACUUUCAACAUGUCUGAGUGUAAUUGAGAUAGUACAUGGAGUCGCAAACAUACCAGGGUUACUAAGCAUCGAGAUGUGCUCUACAAAUAUGUUUUUUUCUCCUUUUCCUUUUCUGCUGAACAGUUUCUGUUUGCAAAUACACCUUACAUGACAGCAUGCAAUUUACACAAAACAACCUGUGCUGUCUUUUCAUUCAGUCAUUUAGUUCUUUCUCUCAUGCUUGAUAUUUGUGUUCAAAUCCAGGCCUUGCCUUGUCUCGGAGCUCUUCACCUCCAAUGCUGAUGCCACCCACCAAAACGAGUUGAUUGUCCAGCCAGGAUGCGACCUCUCUCUGAACCUAUGCAUCCAACUUAAGAACUUGCCAGAUCUCCCCACUCCCAUAUCGAAACUAUAUUGCAUAGUCUAUUCCAGCACAUCUUUCGCAGAGUCCAGUCCAACCAGCAGAGGAACCAAGACGGGGCAAAUCCAGCGAGUGGACUUCAAAGACUGGCACAUGGAUGACAUGGUGCAGGCUAAUGAGAAACUGUUCCAUCACGUGAGAGACCGUGCUAACAAGACUACUGAUAGGGGCCGUAAACGUCCCAGGGUUGAGGAAGGGGUUGUUCAGAGUGUUGUUCAGUUUGAGGUGAACAACAGGGGGCAGGGGUUUUCAAGUUGCGUGCUUGGUGUAUCUGGUUUUCCGGAGGGCUGCUACCGGAUCAAGUGGCACAGCUGUUGUGUUGAUGGUAGAGGUCGUUAUUGGAGCCUCCUUCCUUCGAAUUCUGGACCUGUAUUUACUGUGUGCAGAAGCUGAAGCUACCUGUUGUAAAAAGUAGAUUAUUUUGACUUCUGUAAUUUGAUGAAACGGUGGUAAAUAGAUUCUUCUUUCAGAC